CCGAGGAAAGAGUUUAGUCAUUCAAACCUAAUUGCUGACCCUGGACAACGCAAACCAAUUGCUUCUUAUGAUCCAGCAAUUAGAGACCAAUUAAAGAGAGUGUAUGCUUUGAGUGGUCCAACCCAACCUCAUGAAUUUCAAUUUCCUUCUAAAUGUAUGGUUGGUCAAUGGAGAUCAUUUCAAAAGAUUUGGUUUGACGAAUUUGAUUGGCUAGAGUAUAGUGAGUCCAAGGAUGCUGCUUAUUGCUUAUAUUGUUAUCUUUUCUUUAAUUCGGGGAAGACAGAAAAAUUUGGAAGUUCUGUCUUUGCUCAUCAAGGUUAUCAAAAUUGGAAGAAUGCUAAGGAUACUUUUCAUAAGCAUAGUGCUUCGAAGACUCAUACAGAGGCCAGACUGAAGUGUGAUGAUUUUAUGAACCAAAGGACAAGUGUGGGUCAAAGAAUAGUUGAGGUAAGCACGGAGGAAGAAAAACGAUAUGAGAUUCGGCUGACAUCAUCUUUAGAUGUUGCAAGAUUUCUCAUAUAUCAAGGGCAACCUUUUCGUGGAGAUGAUGAGAGUUCUACUUCCCUCAACAAGGGUAUGUUUAGAGAGAUGGUUGAUUGGUAUAAGGAUAAGGUAGAUAUAGUCAAUGAUGCAUAUGAAAAAGGUUCUAAAAAUUGCCAGAUGAUAUCUCCUGAUAUACAAAAGGAUCUUGCAAAAGCUUGUGUUGAGGAAGUCACAGCUGUCAGUAUUGAUGAGAUCCUUGGUAGAAAAUUCUCAGUGCUUAUUGAUGAGUCUCGGGAUGUAUCAAUAAAAGAGCAAAUGGCAGUGAUUCUAAGGUUUGUGAAUGAUAAAGGGCAAGUGGUGGAGAGAUUUCUUGGGCUUCAGCAUGUUCAGAGUUGUACAGCUAUUGCAUUGAAAGAGGCUUUGGUCAGUAUGCUUUCAAGUCACAAUUUGUCUAUCUCUAUGCUUCGUGGGCAAGGGUAUGAUGGAGCCUCUAAUAUGAGAGGUGAAUUUAAUGGGGUCCAAAAACUGAUCCGUGAUGAGAAUCCUUAUGCUUUCUAUGUGUAUUGUUUUGCCCAUCAAUUGCAACUAGUGGUGGUUGCUGUUUCAACUUCUAGUGCAGAUAUUGCAGAUUUCUUUAACUAUGUUCCUUUAAUAGUCACCAAUGUGGGUGCAUCUUGUAUGAGAAAAGAUGCGUUGCUUGCAAAGCAUCAAGAUGUGUUGCUAGAAAAGAUUGAGAAGGGUGAGAUUAUGACUGGAAGAGGUUUAAAUCAAGAAAGUAGCCUAGCUAGGCCAGGAGAUACUAGAUGGGGUUCACAUCUUAAAACUUUGCUUCGCAUUUUGGUGAUGUGGGAGGCUAUCAUAGAUGUGCUUGAGAUAGUGAAGAAAGAUUCUAUUAAACCAAGAAAUAACGGUGGAGCUUUAGGUUUAAUUGAAAAAAUGGAGAGCUUUGGUUUUGUGUUCAUCCUGCAUUUGAUGAUACAAUUGUUGAGCAUGACAGAUAUUUUGUCACAAGCUUUGCAAAAGAAGGAUCAAGACAUAGUUGAAGCAAUGCAUUUGAUCUCAGAUGUGAAAGAUAGCUUGCAGGAUAUGAGGGAAAAUGAAUGGGAGCCAUUACUCAAAAGAGUGAUAACAUUUUGUGAGAAGAAUGAGAUUGAAGUGCCGGAUAUGGAUAAGGAAAUAAAUGUUAGAGGGACAUCUAAAAGAAGGAAGCAAAAGGUAACAAACAUGCAUUACUAUCAUGUUGAACUUUUUGUGGUCGCCAUUGAUGCCCUCUUGACUGAGAUGAAUCACCGGUUUAGUGAAACUAGUUCAGAGUUAUUAGUAUGUAUGGCUGCUUUUAACCCAAGGAACUCCUUCUCUAAUUUUGAUGUGGACAAACUAGUGAGGCUUGCUGAAAUUUAUGCCGAUGAUUUUGAUAUUGGUGAACUUGCUGUUUUGCCAAAUCAUCUUACACAGUUUGUCAACCAUGCUAGAAGAACUCCAGACUUUCUUGGAUGCACUGAGCUUGGAAAAGUUGCUGAAAUUAUGGUCAAGACUAAAAUGCAUACAUCUUAUAAAUUGGUUUAUCGUCUCAUUGAGCUAAUCUUGAUACUACCGGUGGCAACAGCUUCAGUUGAGAGAAUAUUUUCAGCCAUGAACAUUAUAAAGACAGAUUUGCGCAAUAAAAUAGGUGAUGAAUGGCUCAAUGAUUUGAUGAUAUGUUAUACUGAGAAGGAGAUAUUUAGAAAGAUUGAUAAUGGAAAGAUCAAAAAGCGGUUUCAAAAGAUGAAAAAGCGACGUAUGUUAUUGCCUAGAAAAGUAGUGGUUGCAGCUUCGGAGGAAUAA